AUGCCUCCGGAAUCUCGAGGAGAUAACAGGGGCUCCGGCUCGGCGCCGUCUAACAAGAAGGUCAAGCUUGGAGUCGUUGCUGGAGUCUUUAUCCCCGUGGUUUUAAAUAUUAUCAGUAUUUUGAUGUUCCUUCGUUUCGGUUCCAUCAUGGGCCGGAUUGGACUGGUUGGGAUGCUAGGUUUACUUGUUAUAGCAUAUAUUGUCGAUUUUAUCACUACGCUCUCCCUAUCUGCUAUAGCGUCUAAUGGGGAGGUUAAGGGAGGUGGUGCCUACUACUUAAUUUCGAGGUCCCUUGGUCCUGAGUUCGGCGGCUCGAUUGGUAUCUUGUUCUAUCUCGCCCAAGUCGUGAACACCUCGCUUAAUAUCGUUGGUCUCAUAGAUUGCUUAAAACUCAAUCUAGGACCUUUAAUACCACAUGGCUACUGGGAAAGCUAUGGCAUGCAGACUGCCGCUCUCGUUUUCUCUACGGGCUUAAGUCUUGCUGGACGUGCUCUCUUCGUCCAAGCAAGCGGCGGCCUCAUUGUCAUAUUAACCUUAGCCAUCACAAGCAUCCCAGUCUCGACUAUCGUGAAGAGUCCAUUCAAGGACGAUGAUAUUGGAGUUGAAUUUACUGGGUUGAGCCUAGCUACGAUGCGUUCCAAUCUCUUUCCACACGCCGGUAGCCCUAGGUAUCGAGGUGUAGAGACAUUCAGGGAACUAUUCGGCAUCCUCUUCAGUGCUACAUCCGGUAUUUUGGCAGGAGCUUCGAUGUCGGGGGAUCUUCGAAAUCCAAGUAAAGCAAUCCCGAAAGGAACAUUAUGGGCCAUGGCUGCGACAUUCGUCCUCUAUCUCGUCGUCAUUCUGUCGAUGGCUUCUAGUAUUACCCACCCUUCAUUUCUCCGAGAUACCAAUAUUAUCUCUACAGCGAGUAUAUGGCCGCCACUUAUUCUCGCCGGCGAGUGUGCGACAACCUUCUUCUCAGCAUUAAUGGGAAUCAUUGGUAGUUCUAAACUUCUUCAGGCCCUUGGCCGAGACAAACUCCUUCCAGGGCUGUCUAUCUUUGGAAAGGGGAAUAAACGUGAUGAUCCUAUACUUGCAAUAUUUGUCACAUAUAUGAUUGCGCAGGUUUCGCUAUUCGCCGACUUGAAUCAAAUUGCGACUUUCAUAUCCAUGAGCUACCAGAUGACGUUCUUUGUCAUGAAUCUAGCAUGUUUCUUGCUAAAGAUAGGAUCAGCUCCCAAUUUCCGUCCUGCAUUUAAGUUCUUCAGCUGGCACACUGCCUUUGUAGGAAGUGUUAUAUCUGCUGCUUCCAUGUUCUUCAUAGAUGAAACGUACGCUGCUGCUGCUAUCUGCGUUCUCAUCUUUCUCUUCCUCGUCAUUCAUUAUAUGAGCCCGCCGAAACAUUGGGGUGACGUAUCUCAGAAUUUAAUCUACCAUCAAGUGCGAAAGUACCUCUUACGACUCAAACCAGAACACAUUAAAUUCUGGAGACCUCAGAUAAUACUUCUAAUCAAUGAUCCACGGCAUCAUACGCAGCUCAUCCAGUUCUGCAACUCUUUGAAGAAAGGAUCUUUGUACAUAUUAGGACAUGUCAUCGUGACGGAUGAUUUCAAUUCCGGUAUACAUGAGGCAAAGUUGCAACAAUCGGCUUGGACUCGGUACAUAUCGGAAUUCUCAAGGAUCAAGGCGUUCGUCCAAUUAACGAUGUCGCCAUCGAUCGUAUGGGGAGUGCGGAAUUUGAUACUCUCAGCUGGCCUAGGCGGCAUGCGACCCAAUAUAGCCAUCCUCGGUUUUUACAAUAUGGAUGAUUUACGCAAGUCUCGACCGCUUGGGGGGAUACCAGAAGUCCCAAGCACGCCCACCCGACCGAAAUUGGAAACAAAGACCGAUGGUAAAUCUUCGAAGCGCCGACGCGGUGACACAUCUGCCCGUCUAUUAGAUGGGUCCCUCCCAACCGAUGCCAUACGCACGGAGGACAUGAUGUCUCCUGAAAGUUAUUUAACGAUUCUUGAAGAUCUUGCACUCCGCCACCGUCUGAAUGUUGCUAUAGGCAAAGGGUUUCAAGCCUUGGAAAUUCCGCGCCAUGAUGGAAACAACACUAAAAGGUAUAUCGACCUUUGGCCAAUUCAAAUGUCGGCUGAGAUCACCGACGGCGACAAAAGUAUUUGGACAACUAAUUUUGAUACAUAUACGUUGAUUCUUCAACUUGGUUGUAUUCUACACAGUGUUCCAGCAUGGAAAAGAGCAUUUCAGCUCCGAGUCUUGGUAUUCGUUGAGUACGAGAGCGAAGUCAAAGAAGAACAGGCCAGAUUAAAGGUACUUUUGGAAAAGUUACGAAUCGACGCUACAAUCCAAGUAUUUUGGCUUGCUUCGGGACAGUUAGAGAGCUAUGAGACUAUUGUUAACGGUCGAGGAAUUGGCUCCGGAUAUGGGCGUAUUGUAAACGAGUUGCUGAAAGAUGACGAAUGGUGGCAAGAGCUUCAGAGGUUGAGGACCGAAGCUCACGAAAUGUCUCGAUCUCAAGAACUCGCAUCCCUCGAGCAAAUGCUGAGUGCUACUAGACGCAGAGGUAGUUCAGUGUCCAGUUUACCAAGGGGACUUGACGUCAACGAGAUGCUAGAAAGAUCUAAGAAACCGAGCGUUUCUGCCAUUUCAAAAUUAGGCAUCAACUUCGGCAUUCAUACUCACCAGCUGAGCUCUUCCGGAUUUGGAGUUCGAACAAAUAUUAAUACGCCCGACAUUAGCGACGAUGACGGCGAAUCCAUUACGUCAUCAGACGCCGACUUCAACGACGUUACUAGUCCGGCGAGUAUCGACGUUAUGGAAGACUUAGCUUCGUCGCGGAGGCCUAGCUUCUUAACAUUUGCAGGUCGGAGGAAAAGCCAUGGAGAUAUUAUGCAAAGGGCAGCACCACCAAGGAGUUUAGAGCAAACCCAAGAUCGGCAUUUGGAACAACAGACUGUAUCCACCUCGUCUGGGUAUGGCACGAUGCCCCCCAUGACAGGGGCGGUUUCAACGUCAGCACUAUCUAACACGGAGCGAACGCAGAGCUUGGCCAGUCGCCUCGGUACUACAGCAGUACCAAGCGAAACAUCCCCUAUUAUACCGAAAACACCGUCUAGACCCGCUCUGUCACGUCAUUCAUCAGCAAGCCGGUUCACUAGUAACCCAACACCAGAAACUACUGUCUUGGUCGACGAUUCAGGACCAAGGAUCACAUUCUCUGAAGGAGAGCAGACAAUACCAACCGGAGUUAGAUGUCCUAUAAUAUCACGAAACGCCCCGGCCGGUCCGUUCUCUAGCAGACCCGUUCCAGAGACCACAGUUGAGGCUGAAGAAGACCAUGGGCCUCGGCUUACAUUUGCGGAACCUGAACGUGGCGUGUCUGAGCCACCAUUAAGAUCUAGAAGAAACUCGGUAUCACGAAAUGGGGGGCUAUCGGGUGCUCAAUUUAAUAUACCGGAGUUACUAGCAUCUCACCGUUCGAGUGGCUUAUCAGACGAGGAUACUCGCUCAUCCUACUCGACGCAGAAUCUGCCUCUUUCAUUCAACGAUUUGCCUAGUCGCGCUCAACACCUAAUUCUUAACGAGCUGAUGCGUCAGAAAAGCAGCGAUACGGCGGUGAUACUUACAACUCUCCCGAUUCCCGAGGAAGGGACAUGCAAGAGCGAAGAGGCCAGCCUGAGAUAUUUGACCGAUAUCGAGGUACUCUGCCACGAGCUUCCACCCGUCCUCCUGGUUCUGAGUAAUAAUAUGACUGUGACAGUCAGUCUAUAA